CACCCGCCCGGAGCACGUGCGGCCAGCGGAGUUUUCCAGAAGCAGCGCGAGCGGAGCGUCGUCGGUCGGAGCCCGGAGCCGGACCUCGGAUCCCAUCCCCCGCACACGGAGCCGGACGUCGGAUCCCACCCCCCCCCCGCACCGCGGCCGCACACGGAGCCGGACCUCGGACCACUCCCUCCACCCCGCCGCCGCACACGGAGCCGGACCUCGGAACCCCCCUCCCCCCGCCGCACGCGGAGCCCUUUCCCGCACGGACAGCCCCUAGCAACCCGCCGUCGCCAUGAUCUACCUGGUGCGCUCGGCCUCUCGGCGCCUGGCCGCCGCCGCGGGUCAUUGGAAUGGAUUGAGCCAGGAUGUACUUCGGACAUUGACAAGACGUAAUUAUGCGUCUGAAGCUAUUAAAGGUGCUGUUAUUGGUAUUGAUCUGGGCACAACUAACUCCUGUGUUGCUGUGAUGGAAGGCAAGCAAGCAAAGGUACUUGAAAAUUCAGAAGGCGCCAGAACAACUCCCUCUGUAGUUGCCUUUACAGCAGAUGGAGAACGUUUAGUUGGGAUGCCAGCGAAACGACAAGCAGUAACUAACCCUAAGAACACUUUAUAUGCCACUAAACGCUUGAUUGGGCGACGUUUUGAUGAUACUGAAGUACAGAAAGAUAUCCAAAAUGUGUCAUAUAAAAUUGUUCGUGCCUCUAAUGGUGAUGCAUGGGUGGAAGCUCAUGGGAAGAUGUACUCUCCAAGCCAAGUCGGGGCAUUCGUCCUGAUGAAGAUGAAAGAAACAGCAGAAAACUACCUGGGACAAUCUGUGAAGAAUGCAGUUAUCACGGUGCCUGCAUAUUUCAAUGAUUCCCAAAGACAGGCUACAAAAGAUGCUGGACAAAUAUCUGGAUUGAAUGUUCUACGAGUCAUUAAUGAACCUACUGCAGCAGCUCUAGCAUAUGGAUUGGACAAAUCUGAAGACAAAAUUGUUGCUGUCUAUGAUCUGGGUGGUGGCACCUUUGAUAUCUCUGUUCUGGAGAUUCAGAAGGGAGUCUUUGAAGUAAAAUCUACAAAUGGGGAUACUUUUUUGGGAGGUGAGGACUUUGACCAGGCGUUGCUCAAGCACAUCAUCAAGGAAUUCAAGAGAGAGUCUGGUGUGGACCUCACCAAAGACAACAUGGCUCUACAGCGUGUAAGAGAAGCAGCAGAGAAAGCCAAGUGUGAGCUGUCUUCAUCCCUUCAGACUGACAUCAAUCUUCCUUAUUUGACAAUGGAUGCAUCUGGACCAAAACACUUAAAUAUUAAAAUUACUCGUGCUCAAUUUGAGAACAUUGUUGCUGAUCUAAUUAAGAGGACUGUUAAACCUUGCCAGAAAGCAAUGCAAGAUGCUGAGGUCAACAAAAGUGAUAUUGGUGAGGUCAUUCUUGUGGGUGGAAUGAGCAGAAUGCCAAAGGUUCAGGCAACAGUUCAAGAGCUCUUUGGUCGUUCCCCCAGUAAGUCAGUGAAUCCAGAUGAAGCUGUAGCUGUCGGUGCUGCCAUCCAAGGUGGGGUGCUUGCUGGUGAUGUCACAGAUGUGUUGCUGCUUGAUGUUACACCUUUGUCACUGGGUAUUGAAACCUUGGGUGGUGUUUUCACCAAGCUCAUCAACAGGAACACUACAAUUCCAACAAAGAAAGGCCAGAUCUUUUCUACGGCUGCUGAUGGACAGACGCAGGUCGAGAUCAAAGUGUUCCAGGGAGAGCGAGAGAUGGCAGCUGACAACAAGCUUCUAGGGCAGUUCACCUUGGUUGGAAUGCCCCCAGCACCCCGUGGAGUUCCUCAAAUUGAAGUUACAUUUGAUAUUGAUGCCAAUGGUAUUGUCCAUGUUUCUGCAAGGGACAAGGGCACAGGCCGCGAACAGCAAAUUGUCAUCCAGUCUUCUGGUGGACUGAGCAAAGAUGAGAUUGAGAACAUGAUCAAGAAUGCAGAGAAAUAUGCUGAAGCAGACAGGAGGAGGAAGGAAACUGUUGAAGCAGUAAACACUGCUGAAGGAAUUAUUCAUGAUACAGAGUCUAAAAUGGAAGAGUUCAAGGAUCAGCUUCCAAAAGAGGAGUGUGAUAAAUUGAGAGAAGAGAUUACCAAAGUGAAGGACCUCUUGGCACGCAAGGAUUCUGAGACAGGUGAAACCAUCAAAGCAGCAGCAUCCAAUCUACAGCAGGCUUCACUGAAGCUCUUUGAGAUUGCAUACAAGAAGAUGGCAUCUGAGAGGGAGAGCUCGGGAAGCACAGAAAAUGCAGAAAGUGGUGACAAGAAAGAAGAGAAACAAUAAAAGGCCUUGUAGAAAUUGCUAUAAUGAACUGGCAAGGGGACAUAAGCUUGGGAGCAGCAGAACCAGCCAAAAAUUUCUUCCUGAGCGAAUUUGCACGAUAUUCAUUCUUGUACUGUGUUUUUGCAGUAUCCUAUACAUAGUUUUGCUUUCUAAGGUAAUAGUAUCAGCAUUGAGUCUGCAUUUUAACAAAUGUCAGGUUUGUCAUUCCUGUGACUUAAUUUACUUUGUUGUAAGAAAUGCAUCUCUAAGGGCCAGACUGGUAGAAUAAAUAAACUUUUGGUUGACAGCCAGAUUGUAAUUUGCAGCAUAUGGUAAAUUCCUUUUAUUUGGGGAAUGGCAGUGAAAUACAGUAGUCCAUUGGCUUCUGUCUUAAUUUGUAAGCAGGUUGGUUUGGUAAUGGAAGACCAUUUUGUUCACGGCACCAGCUGUAAAAUGGGUAGUAGCACUUGUUUGAAUAAAUCUGGAGAAUAAUGUUUUAGGACUUCUGCACAAAAGAGAAGGCUUAUUAAUGCUUGAAAUAAAAACUACAGCGAAUAGUCCAAUAUCUGAAGGAAAAAGAUUUGUGUAUAACCUGUUAAGAUUAUUUAUGGGAGCCCUUAGCAACUAAAAUGAACUUGCACAUCUUUCAGCUGGAUGGUGACUGGCUUAAAAAUAACUUUUUCACUUUUAUCAUGUAAUUUGUUCAUUACCAGCACCAUCUCUUGGUCAAUAUCCAGCUUCUUCAAGUGACACACAAUGAUGUUUACUAGUGAUCUGUUUAACUGAAAAGGCUGACAAAAUACCAUCUCGGCUCUGUUGCAUCAGACACAGUUGUUACACUGAAAUGAUGAUAAAGAUGCAGGCACUUUCAAAUAGUUGUUUAUGAUCCAAUCAGUUAUAUGCAGAGUAAAUUCUUGAUUUUUUUUUAGGUUUGAUUUCAUUCUUCUAUCUCUAAUGUUGAAGUGUAGGUGGGAGGGAGUGGCAGAGUAGAGAGAGUGAGUAUUUAUGGCACUCCUGCUGCCAGUUGUUAAUUGUACCAAGUUGUAACUAAAUUCCAACAAACUAUUGAGUAAACCCAGCCUUGUGAUUUCUUUUUAAUAAAAGUUAAAAGUGAAAUGAUUGGGCUUCUGUACCCUGUUUGUUCCACAAGAGUUUUUUUGUUUGAUUUCCUGGUUGAAAUUAAGGUGGAUAACUAACUUUAUAUUUGAUAGAUUAAUGUUCCAGAUCCAGCUUUCUAGAAUAUUAGGUCAUGUGUGAUGAGUACUUAGGGAAGCAAAAUUAUUUCACAGGGCACAGAUAACCAAUUUUUUAAAAUGAACACACAUUAAUUUGUUGAUAUUAAUUUGAUUCAAGGAAAGUUACAAAACAUCUUUAAACAACCCAGUGAAGUUACUGGGCAUCACAGACUUUCAACUGUAAAAUAUUACACUAAUAUUUAGGCUGCUCUGUGUUCAAGUUGUAAGUACCAAAAAAUGUUUUCUUGUAAAUGCUUGGGGACUGUCUCCACAAAGUUUAAACUAAGUUCAUAAGAUCUGUUGGCUUGCAUUACUAUUUUAAUCCUUUAAAUCACAAGAACCAGGCAGUAUCCCAUUUAUUCUUAGUUUAAAAACUUCUCAAUAAUUCAACAAUUCGUGUUGGCUUCUGGAUUUGCUUUGUGGUGUCAAUACUAAGAAAUAUACUAGUGCAUAGUCUCUGCUGCUUCCUUGGCUGUGUAGGUGGGGUUUAUUCAUAGAAUACCUCCCUCUCUCCUGCAGAAAUGUCAUGCUAGACAAAUUUUGUUGAAUUCUGAUGAUGAAGAGGCUGAUGCAAUAUUGCGGACUAUUAAAAGGCUCCCAUAUGAUAUCCAAAGCCCCUUGAUCAGGCUCGUGAACAAGAGGCUAUAUGUUAUACAGGUUCACAAAUCAUCAAAGAUUAACAAAACUAUCAAAAGUGCAAGUAGAGCACCAUGGUUUCAAGAGGGAUGUGGAACAUGAACUUUGGUUAGAUCACUUGGACUGUAUAGUCCACAGAUCUGGUCUUCAUCUUACAAACAAGAGAACAGUGAAGUUGUAAAAAUGAAAUUUGCAAGUAUGAAUCGAGAACUAAGAGGUUAAACACUGGUGGUCCUUCCUCUACAAGUCUGAGGUGUGUGGAAGAGGUUUUCUCAUUGGGUAGAAUGAAAAUGAUAAAUAAAAGUAAGUCAGUUAUUAAUAAACCCAGGGAAGCUAGUGAUGCACGAGGGAGAAAGAUUAGAGAGAUGUGUCAAGCUUUAGUGAAGGGGGAGGGGGAACAGAGAAGGAAGGCUUGAAUGGAACAUUAAUACACAAGCUCAAAUAUGUUUGCCUGUUCCCACCCAGUGAUAGGCUACUUGAAAUAAAUGCACACAAUUACUACAUGGGCAAAUGCUGCCAUUUCUUUGUUGACAAACUGUAAAGGAAAGACUUCAACCUGCCAUUUUGAUGGACGAGACAUUUCAGUACCAAAAUGAAUCAACUCCAAAGAAUGUUAUGGAGUUGGUCUUGUAUACGUUGCAUAGGAAGGCCACCAGGAUCUGCAACCAGUGAUAAUAAACAUUGAGUUUACUAAAUAAAAAGUUGCAGAAGGUUUA